CAGAACUAUUAACUAAGGAUCCGUCGCCCUUUAAAGGGGAAUCGGUGAAAUGCGCAUGCGCACAAGUAUUUAUUAUCAUGAACUCUGAUAGUAGCUAAUCUAUUCUCAUAGAAAAAAGAUCUAUAUCUAUUUAUCUAAACGUAUAUCUAAGGUUAGGUUAGAUUUUUAUAGAUUAAUAUUGACAUUUAAUUAUUUUGUCAUGUCUAGUUUGUAGUGCCGUCCAUGCCUAUUGACUAUUACGUGAAUAUUUAUACUUGGUGCGCCGUAGUGGCUAAAUAACGUGGCUUCUGCCUUGAGUGUUUACGAUCACACAUCGUUUGCCGGUAAUAUUUCAUCAUCGAACAUUAUUUCUUCUCUCGAGUUGUUAAUUGUUAAAGUCAACGCGGUCGUCCUAUCGUUAAUUAUUGAUAAACGUCGUGAGUGAUCAUUUCGAGUUUCUUUAACUGUACGCUUGUAAGCACUCUACCGUACGUUUGGGGCAGACGGCUAUCAUGGACGUCGAUAGAACGUACGAAGUACCUAGCUUAUUGCGAACGGCGUAUUACGCUUGCAACCAGAUCGACCGCGUCAGGUUCGACUUGCUAGAUGCACCGGACGUCGAUUUGCGAUACUGUUGCGAGUCGCUGUUCGAAAUAAUAAAAAUCGAAAAAGACCAAAUCGAGGGCAGCGAUAGGCAGACCAUGUUCAUCAGGUUUCAGUUCACCGUCGAUGACAAGAAGUUUAAAAACAUUUGCGAAGAGGCAGCGACGCACGGCCACUUAAAUUGCAUGAAACUCGCUCACGAGAUCGGCGUCCCGUGGGUCAAGAUGUACGGUGGGAAAGAUACGGCGUGUGACCGAGCUGCAAGAUCAGGAUAUCUAGAGUGUCUAAAGUACGCCCGGGAAAACGGAUGUCCGUGGGACCAGUCGACAUGUCUCAACGCCGCGUCAGGUGGACAUUUGGAUUGCCUGGUUUACGCCCGGGAAAACGGGUGCCCGUGGAACUCGGACACGUGCAGCUACGCCGCGUUGAACGGUCACAAGCACUGCCUGGUUUACGCACGGGAAAACGGGUGCCCGUGGAACUGGAAAACGUGCAGCAACGCCGCGUUGAACGGCCAUAUGAGCUGCCUGGUUUACGCCCGUGAAAACGGGUGCCCAUGGAACGGGGAAACGUGCAGCAACGCCGCGUUGAACGGCCAUAUGGGCUGCCUGGUUUACGCCCGAGAAAACAGGUGUCCGUGGAACGGGGACACGUGCAGCAACGCCGCAUUGAACGGUCAUAUGAGCUGCCUGGUUUACGCCCGGGAUAACAGGUGUCCGUGGAACGGGGACACGUGCAGCAACGCCGCGUUGAACGGCCAUAUGAGCUGCCUGGUUUACGCACGGGAAAAUGGGUGCCCGUGGAAUAAGGAAACAUGCGGCAACGCUGCGUUGAACGGUCACAAGGACUGCCUGGUCUAUGCACGGAAAAACGGUUGCCCGUGGAACCGCACGACGUGCAGCCGAGCCGCGUUGAACGGUCACAAGGACUGCUUAAUAUACGCCCGGGAGAACGGCUGCCCGUGGAACGCGGAAACGUGCAGCAACGCAGCACAAAACGGCCACUUGGAUUGCUUGAUGUACGCAACGGAGAACGGAUGCCCGUGGAACGCGGACACGUGCAGCAACGCCGCGUUGAAUGGUCACAUGGACUGCCUCGUAUACGCACGUGAAAACAAUUGCCCAUGGAACGAGGACACGUGCAGCAACGCCGCGUUUAACGGCCAUAUGGACUGCCUGGUUUACGUGCGGGAGAACGGCUGUCCGUGGAAUGAGUUGACGUGCGCCCUCGCCGCGCUGAACGGUCACAUGGACUGUUUAAUGUACGCACAUAAAAACGGGUGCCCGUGGUGGAACGUGAACGUGUGUCGCUACACCUCAACAAACGUGCACAAGGAUUGCAUGUUGUUCGCACGGGAAAACGAGGAUGAAAUUGAAGUCCUAUAUGUACAGUGCCGGUGGGAUACGUGCGGCAAUGCCGCGGAGAAAGGUCACUUGGACUGUCUAAGGUAUGCGCGAGAGAACGGGUGCCCAUGGAAUAUGGAAACAUGCAGGCGCGCCGCGUCGACCGGUCAGAUGGACUGUCUGGCUUACGCAUCGGAACACUGGUGCCAAUGGGACGAGAUGACGUGCAGCAGCGCCGCUUCGAACGGUAAUUUGGACUGCUUGGUGUACCUUUGUGAAAAUUGGUGCCCGUGGGACGAGAAAACGUGCAGCAACGCCGCGAUGAAAGGUAACAUGGACUGCUUGGUUUUCGCACGUGAAUAUGGGUGUCCGUGGGAUGAAGAAACGUGCAGCAACGCCGCGGCGGGCGGUCACAAAGACUGCUUAGUAUACGCACGGGAAAAUGGGUGCCCGUGGGACGAAGAAACGUGCUCCAACGCCGCGUCGAGCGGUCAAUUGGAGUGCCUGGUUUACGCCCGGGAAAACGGGUGUCCGUGGAACGAGGAAACGUGCAGCCACGCUGCAGGGAGCGGAGAAAUAGACUGCCUGAUUUACGCCCGGGAAAACGGUUGCCCGUGGAACGAAGAAACGUGCAGCAGGGCAGCGGAGGGCGGUCAUAUGGACUGCUUAGUUUACGCUCGGGAAAACGGGUGUCCGUGGAACGUGGAGACCUGCAGCGAUGCAGCAAUGAACGGUCACAUUGACAUCCUGAAAUACGCACGGGAAAACGGGUGUCCUUGGGACGAGCUGACGUGCAGAAACGCAGCGUAUAACAGUGACAUUAGUUGCUUGGUAUUCGUACGGGAGAACGGGUGCCCGUGGGAUGAGAACACUUGCAGCCACGCUGCGUUAACCGGUGACAUGGAUUGCCUGGUAUAUGCACAUGAAAAUGGGUGCCCAUGGAACGAAAACACUUGCAGCCUUGCUGCAUUAUACGGACAUUUAGACUGCCUGAUUUAUGCACGGGAAAAUGGGUGCCCUUGGGACGAGAAGACGUGCAGUAACGCCUCUUCCAACGGUCACUUAAACUGUCUACUUUAUGCAAGGGAAAACGGUUGCCCUUGGGACGAACGAACUUGCAUCAACUCUAAGUAUUGCGAUAACACAGCCUGCGUACGUUACGCACAAGAAAAUGGGUGUCCCAUUCGCAACCCUGUUCUUCACAACUAGAUAGAAUUUGAGUAAUACCUAUUUCGUUGCCAAUGUGUUUGUACAUAUCACUCAUCACAUUAACAGUCUUUUUUUAUGAUUCUGUGUUAGAAGUUCUUUGCAUUUGGCUAAUUUAAUUUGUAUCCUGCUAAGGACCUCAAUACAGCAACUUAAUAUUGUAAAUUAUAAAUCAAAUGUUUAAUAAUUAUUAUUAUAUUUAAACUUGUAUGAACAAUAAUUAAAAUUUAAAAAUAAAUGUAUUUAUUUGUUAAUGUCACAGAUGCGUACAUUUCAACAAGAUCAUACUUUAACAAAUUAAAAGCAUAAGUCAGUACUCAGUAUACACAACAGAAGUGGAUAUUUAACUUUCAUCAGAAUUAAAAUGAUAAAAUGGAAUUUGUCUGAAUGGUCGUUGACUGUCAAAUAAUAGUAUAUUCAAUAGGUAGUUGUUAAUAAUUUAUUAAAAUAAUACCUGGGUAACCAAGGAACAUGUUAUAACAAAAUUUAAAUAUUUGUAUUUACUGUUACGAAUUAAAAAUGUUUAUUUUUCACUCAAAUAGACAACUCUAAUUUCAACGAUCAACUUGGUUUGCAUUGUGACAAAAUAUUCAAAUUGUUCUCAACAUGUAUGAGAGAUGAUCAAUCCACAUUUUCAUAAUUUUAUUUGGUUGAUUAAACAUUUAAGUUUGAAGUUAAAAAAAAAAUGUGUUAAGUGGUCUGUAAUCACCUGUAAUACUGAAUACUUCACUCCGAUAAGGAUUUCCUUAGAUGGUUGAAGGUUUAAAUUCAAUGGUACUUAUUUGUUUUAUUAUUAGGUAAUUAAAAAGUCAUUAAUUUAAUUUUGCUCUAAUUUUUUUAAUUAGAAAUCAUAAAAACGAUUAGUACUUACUAAUUAUAUAAAACUGUUAACUGAUUAAGUAAGUGGUAGAUAGGUAUGCAAUAAAAUAUAUUUUU